GUCCCUGGCCGCCAUCUUCCCCGCUGGAGCCGGCGGCGGCUUCCACCCGCCGCCUCGGCCGCGAUCGGGAUGUGGAGCCGGAGGAGCUGCCGGUACCGGCCCGAUGCCAGCGGCCUGGAGGAGCUGCGGGCCCGCCGGCGGGAGCAGGAGUCAGCUCUGAGGAAGGCCCGCAGGCAGCAGCAGUUGGUCAGUAAGAGACUUCUGCGAGAAGACAGCCUGGUGAAUGGAGAUGGGCAGGCUGGAGUGGAGAUAGGAUCAGAACCUCUCUCAGAGCAGGAGAUUUUGCAGCUGCUGAGGGAUGUCCAGAGGGGAACAGAGGAGAGGAAGAAAUUGUUGAGUCGCCUUCGACAGGGACUGCAGCACAAAGAGACACAGCAGAAAUUUGUCAGGUUGGAGGGCAGCAUGCGGGUCCUAAUCGGGCUUUUCACCAGCAGCUUGGCCAAUGUACAGAUGGAGGCAGCUCGCUGUCUGCACGAACUCUCACACUCCAGUGACCCUGCUGUGGCUGAGGCGUGUUUGCCAGCAACCUCCUAUCUCCUGACUUAUCUCUCAGGACACAGUGUAGAAUUCACAGAACUGUGUUUGUACACGCUGGGGAACUUGGCAGUGGAGAGUGAUGCAGUGAGGAAGCAGCUUUUACCUCAAGGCAUUAUUCCAGCCCUGGCAUCCUGUAUCCAGUCCCCUCACGUGGCAGUGCAGGAAGGCCUGGGCUACGUCCUGUCGCAGCUCCUGCAGGCCAGGGAAGCUCCCACCAAGAUCAUACCCUUAGUCCUGGACUCGGUUCUCCCCCAGCACAUGCUUCGAUUGGUUAGCUCCAACCCGGAGCUGGGAAUGGGAGUCGCUGUGGAGUUUGCUUGGUGUCUUCAUUACAUUGUGUGUAGCCAUGUCAACAACUCGCUGUUAAUCUCCCAGGGGAUGGUGUCAACCCUGGUACUGCUCUUGCUGGAACUGGCUUCCAUGAUAUCAAAAGCAGCUACUGAGGGCCUGGAGUUGCUUAUCUGUCCUGUGCUGCGGUGUCUCAGCAACCUGCUUGCAGAGGAUGAGACAGAGGGCUGCAAAGUGCAGAUCCAGGAUGAGCGCCUCUUGGUGGCUUUGUUUCUCUUCAUGCAGUACUUCCUCCAGCAGCACCCAUUCCUAGUGCAGGAGUGUCUCUGGCUUCUCAACAACCUCACAGCUGAUGAGCCUAUCUUCUGCUCUGCCGUGCUCACACUGGACCUGCUCCCAGCCCUCCUGCAGCUCUUGUCCUGUUCCCGGAUGGUGACCCUACUGGCUCUGACUGCAUCCUGCCUGGGAGGGUUUGGAGCCCACUGAAAUGCUCUUCCCCAUCCCAAUGUGUGUGUCAUCAUGGGAGGAGUUGGCAGAAUAUGAGGGGAGCUGCCUGCCCAGGUUCUAGUCUCCUAAUAUGCCAGUGGAUAAUAAGCCAUUGCAGCAGAGAGGCAAGUGCCUUCUCGCUCUGAGGGAAAGGGUCCAGCUGAGAGCAGCCGCUGAACUUCCUCUGGUAAGAAAGCUAGUGUAGACCAACUGAAAGAUGCUUCAAAAUCCAAGUAGUGAAAGAGGAAGACACCCUAAUGCAGUGCCGUCGGGAUCCAGUGCUGCCAGCACUCGGGCUUGGAGGCAGCCAGUUCAAGACAAGUACAUGUAAAGGGAUUUUUAAGGAAGCACUUUCAAAGCUUCUUGGAUGCCAACAGGAGCUGUUGCAUACUCUGCCUUCCAGCACACUCAGUGAGGGAAAGGCCUGGACCAGCCUGUGCUUAAACAGAGAAAACCUGAACUAAUAGCUAGCUAUUUGCCCUGUUCUAGUGUGUUCUGCUGGCAGGAGACUGCAGGGAGCUAACCCUAAGGCCUUUGUGCAACCCAGCCUGGCAAGCAGCUCCAGCACAGAGUGACUCUGGGCACAGGGAUGCCUGCCAGUGUACCAAGUCCCAUGCUAAGCACAAGUUGCAGACUCUGCAUGGCCUCAGCAGGGUUGUCACCUGCUCAGAAAGCUCAUCUUGCCCUGCCCUAAAGCCAUGCAGAGUGGAGUUCUAGCAUGCUAAUCUCCUCCUUCAAAGGUUUGCUGUACCACAGGGCAGGGCUUCUCUCCAUGUCCUCCCAGGAGGUGGAGUUACCAGACUGCACCAUCCUGCAGCAGGGAAACACACAGGACUGAGUCAGAUAGUUGGUGCUAGUCAAUAAAAAAUUUGUGACCAACCUCCGUAACAUCAGUUCCCCUGGUGUCAGUUACUGAGCCAUGCAUCUUGGGAUACUCAUGUCAGCUCCC